CUUCUAGUUUGUCAUCAACUGUGUCUCCUCUGGCACCACCAUUCUACCCAACCAGUGAUACGGUAGAAUCUGUUGUAGGAAGUGCAUUAGAAGAUUUGAAUUUAGAUGAGCCAUUGAACAUCGCAGCAUCCUUAGAUAGAGAAUUAGAAGUUGAAUCUAAUUCUAUAAGUAAUUCUAUAUCAACGGGUUUAGCUAAUUCAGGUUUACUUGGCUCAAGUGCCCCAGUUAACAUCCCCGGGUCCAGUUUCCAGCAGGACCGCUCAGGUGGUCUCAUCAGCAACCCAUCUCCUUCAUCGACAUCCUCCCCAGCCUUUCCACACUCCUUCCUCCAGUCGUCACUGCAUAGGGAGAACUCACUUGAUCACGGUGUGGCCGCAUUAUUGGGUGUGAACGGAGUAGGCAAGAUCUCUGGGACGGGGUUCCCAUCUACGAGUGGGGGUGGUGGGGGUGGCCUCUUUGACCUUGGCACCAACAUGUCCCCACACACACGUAACCCCCUUAGCAACCCCUUGUCGCAGUCGCCACUGAUGGCACCCUUUUCUGGCAGCAGUAGCUCUUCCACCUCAGAGAUCCAGCGGUUACGGGAAGAGUUGGCUACUAAUAGGGCAAAGUUGGCAUCUUGGGAAGAAGGCAUUGCACAAGCGCGGACGGCAUGUGAAGCGUGGAGAAGAGAAGCCGAUGAUGCUAAUAGGAAAUUCAAAUUAUCUGAACAAACCAAAGAGGAGUUUGCAGUAAAGAUAGCAGCUCAGCAGAAGGAAAUGGAAGAACUAAAAACCGGGGGAUUAGGCCCUUACGUGCAGGCUCUUCACCCACACAGCGACCUAGAGAACCUGCCUCUCCAUACCCUCAAGGCUCUGCAGUCACAGCUGCGCCAAGAUUUAGAAUCUGUAGAAAAGGUAAUAAACAAUUAUGGCCUCAAGACUGAACAGUGGCCAGGCGUGGUGUCUACAUGGUAAGGACAAGCAGUUUAGAAACCAAGUCAAGAUGGCAGGCCUUUUGACAGCAAAAAAAUUAUUAAUAAGGACAAUAGAAAUGAAGAAAAAAGUACACCAAGUGAUGACUAACGUUGCCUUGGUCCCUGCCGGCUCAUGUUGGUAGUCUCAUAGAAGCAUUAUGAUAGGCUAUUUUUGCACGUGAAGUGACGUACAAUUUAUAAUUUAUGGAAAGUGAAGUUUUCCUUCAACCUCUACCAUUGAACUAUUUGCUUUUUUGUGGUUGUUGACGGAAAGAGAUCUUCAUCCGAUUCCAAAGGGCCAAAGAGACGUUUUAGGGACAUUUCGAGUGCAGGUCCAGCCCCCUCUCUGCGGGUCCUGUGCAAUGCAGCCAAGUGUCACCCUGGGAGCUUUAUUAUGCAAGUGUCUGGGACCCGAACGGAUCGACCGUCUCAGCGGGAAACGUUUUAACCUACAAAGCUUCGGGGCCAGCGGCGACGGGCGGCGAGGAGCGCGGCGGGGAUGGAGAAGGUGCUCUCUCUCUCUCUCUCUCUCUCUCUCUCUCUCUCUCUCUCUCUCUCUCUCUCUCUCUCUCUCUCUCUCUCUCUCUCUCUCUCUCUCUCUCUCUCUCUCUCUGUCAGCGUUUCAUCUUGGCGCCAUCUCCCCUCCACCAAGAAGUCCGGCAGUGCUUAUCCAGGACAUGUGCUUUCUCCCGGGCAGAGCGGUUCACCCUGUCUGCUGUGGCUGGAUGAUGACGACAACCUUAGUGCAGAGUAUUUGUUGCCUCACCAGAGAUCGCUCCAGGGCCAGGCUCUCCCACCCUCGGAUGGGCCUGGGUUAGAGCGAUUUGUAUAUUUGUAUUUCAAUUUAGUGUUUUUUUUUUCUCUCUUCGAAUGUUGCCUGUAUGUUAUUUAUGAUUAAUGUAGAACAGCUGAGUUCUAUUAUGUUUCUGAAUAUUUUUUUUGACAAGGUGCACACAUCAACAUACUCUGUUACUCAUAUUCUUUCAUAAUAUAUCUCUAUUUUAUACCCUUCAUCAUUCCCUCUCUCUGUCUCUCAUUUUUCUCUCCGUUUUCUCUCUUGCUCCGUGUAAUCAACUUAUGUAAUCUACAUGUUACGCCAGGUACAUACCCUACUUACAUAUUCAGUACCUCAACCACAUGUUUAAGGUAUGAAUGUAAGAUAGAGGUAAGUUACUUACCGUAGCAUGUAGGUCAGAUAACAAGGUUGCAUUCUCAGUCAUCUGUUCACACAUUGAAACCCAUAAAUGUAUUCCCAUAAAAUGCACAUGUACUCAGUUACAUAGUAUCUGUUGCUGAUAUGUAUAUUAUGUUUUUUGCCUGUGUAUUGGUUAUGAAGACAGCAUCUAAAGUGUUGUUUUUGAGCCUUACUGUGACUGUUACGAGUAGCUGCUCCCGUGUUUUAUACCGUGGCUGAAUCUUUGUUGUUUUUCAGUUUUCUAUUUUUUGUUAUUUGUUGGUUGUACAAUUUGUUUUGCUUUCCCUCCUCGUUGACCUGUUCUGUGUGGCUUGAAGGUUUGGUUGGGUUUGAAUACUCACUCAGAUUUCUGUGUCUAUAAUUUGUGUUCUGCUGAUGGUUACUUCUUUCUAUUUUAUAACUUUCUGAUUUCGUCUCGUUGCUUUUCUUUCUUUGCCUUUUUGUUUCUAUCUAUUUUAGCAACAUUGCAAGGUUGUCUGAUGGUGGCAACAAUCGAGCGGUUCACAGGUUGUGGCGUUCUCCCUAAAAUUCGUCAGUAGCUUCGUUUGCUGUUGUCUCUCCUCCUUCCUUCCGUUCGCAGCCGCUCUUCCUUUUUUCUAUUCCUCCGGCCGCUUCUUCCCUCUUCUGUCUGGCUCCCCUUCCAUCUUUUUGUCUCUCGCUGUAGACGUUGGUGUAGCUUGAGUUCGUGUCUGAUGAGCAACAAAUGGCCUGCCGCUGGCCAGGACAGGGCAUAGAGACGCGAUUCGAUGAGCGCGAGGCGGUUCCCCCUGACGGCCGGGCGACAAGACCCGCCGAGGCCGAUCGACUCGCAGACGCGACGCGAAUUCUGGCUGCGACCCGUGGCUUUCGCCGGAGCUGCGCGAGCGAGCAAGCGAGCGAAGGAGGGGGAGAGGGACGGAUGGACGGACGAAGGGGCGAGCCGCCUGGAAGACCCCGAGCCUCGCACGCCCCGAAGAACGUUCUCCGUCGUGCGUCAUCCACUAAGUUCAAAGCUGUCGCCUGCCGCCGGAGUUGACCCUCGCGGCCUGGGCUUCAGGUGACUGAUUCAGUACAAAGAAUGCAACAAUGAAAGUCUCAGUAGGGUAGGGUGAUUCAUGCAUUUUUACUGUAGUGUUGUAUAAUAAGUGUUCUCUUGUGUCGUGUGUUGUUGUGGCUCGGUGUUGCCUGGGCGAGGACAGUGGAAGUCACAGCGCCAGCGAAGUCGUUCAGAGGAACCUUUUUGGUGUUGUCUUUUUCACCCUCAAAUCUGAUCCAUUUGUUAAGGUCUCGCAGAGAGCGUAAGAAGAGUAUCAUUAUUUUUUCAUUCGUAGCAUAGUUGUGGGUGCCAUAAGGAACAAAAUGACAAGGGUGUCAGCUGAGAUCACCUGCAAUUCUUUGGGUCACGUUUGUGUUCUUAAGUGAUGGUUCUAAGGGAAGGGAAGGGAAGGAUGAAGUGUUCCUAGAUUUUUGAUUGAGUAUGCUAGGGAAGCGUGAAGGGCUGGGGGAGACGUGGAAGUGGAUUCUGGAUGAGGGAAAGCCUCGGCAGCUGCCUCAAGCGGGCAUCACCGCCGACAACAUCGUUAUCAAAAUGCUGAUGAUCGGCAGGUUUCAUUUUUAUCACAUCAUGAGAUAUUUUAUCCUUUUUAUAUUGCUCUAAUACUUGUAAUCAAAACCCAGACGGAUAGCAGAGGUGGUUGAUAUUUAUAAUCGGUAGUUUAGCGCGACCCAUGUGAUGGAGACCACGACGGGGCGCGGCUGUGCGGGCUGGCGGGCGGACGGACACGAGAGCCUCGCGCGCCAGCCACCUUGAGGGCGCCCGAGACGCCAGCCACUGCUCUCGCCCGCUCGCCCGCCCGCGCGCCCGCCCGCCGCGCCCGAGAGCCGUAGCUAGGACGACAAUUGUGAAGUAUAUUUCUUGGACGAGAAAACAUUUUUUGUCUUGUACGUUUUUAGGAUUUUCCAAUUGCUGUAUUAUAGAAGUGUUGCGAGGAAGCCCAAGUGCAGAGUGGAAGUUAGUCUGCUGUACAGUAGUGUCUCUGAGAUCUUGUUCGUAGUCCCGGUUUAGCUUGCCACUUACUGAGGCAAUAGACAUACUCCAGCAAUAAUUACGAAGAUAACUCUUUUUUAUGAUUUCAUCAGAACUCAGAUAGUUUUUGAUAGUAGAAUUAAUACUGUAAGAAGCUUGUAGGGGCAUUGCUGAUAAUUUGUGGAAUGGUAAGGUUUAAACCGUUUUUUCCAUGGAGGGUUUUGGUUGGCGUCGAAGGAAGUGCAACCCGUGAGCUCACAGCAGUUGGUAUUCAAGUGUGGAAGAGUGCCCCUUGCGCCCACUUUCCUCAGCCAAUGCUCUGCCCCUUGUCGAUCGCAGUGCCAGGAAUUUAGCAGUUGCAGCUUGCAGUGAGGACACCAACCACAGUCGGCGGAAUCCACUGCAAGCGAUGGAGACAAGACUAAUUAGGUCUGACACAGUGUUGCCUCGACUCUGCACUGGAGGCUCCUGUCUUGCGCUGCCCCUCCCUGCCCCUGGGGAAGUCCCCGGGAGUCCUCCGGCGGCAGGGGCACGUAGGCAUCCGGAACACGCCCCUGGAGAGCUCCCCCGAGGGACUCUGCCUUUUGUUGUCAUAGGACGAAGGUUGAAUGUGGAGUGCAAGGUAUUUAACGCGUGGUGAGGAACGGUACUGUCGUAGUGGUAAGAUAAAGCUAUAGGUCACGACUAAGACUCUUUUCCUCUUAUUUUAUUGAAUAAUGGUUUCUGCUUGCCAGAAGUAAAAUGUUCUUUUCUUUUCUCUUUUUUUCUUGUACUCGCUGAGGCCGAGACAGGUUUGGCCUCCGUGCCGCUUGGCACUUGUGGUUCGCAGUGUAGAAGAUAUGAUUUAGCUAGUUGAAUUUGUUGUUUUAUUUAAUUAUUCUAUCUUAGGCAAUUUUAUAAUAUUUUAUAUAUUUUAUUUACUUAAAAGAAAGAAUUGUUAAUUGCUAAGUGAUUUAGGGCUAAAAACCAAUUGAGAAUCGAACACGACGGAAGGCACGACAGGCCCUGCGGCGGCGUCGGGCGGAGGCGCGCGUCGCCGGCCUCUCCGGACCGCCCGACAGCAGCAAGCAAGGCUGGGUUUUUGGAAAUCUCUAUUUUUGCACAAAUAUGAGGAGAGCAAAUCAUUAAGUUGAAGUUUGGAUUGUUCAGAUGUCCAACUCCAAUGCUGAUAAAAAAUAUAAAAAAAAUGAUGGACGUUUUAUGUCAGUUCCCGAAUAUUUAACUGAAACAUUUUAAUCUCCUUAUUUUACAGACAUAACCUAAUUUUGAACUUAACAAGAUAUAUUUUAAUAUAUUUAGACUUCAUUAUAUGCCAGCUUUAGUUGAUGAACUAUACUUAUUACAUGUUCUAAGAAUGGCAACCAAUAAAUCAAUAUAAAGUCUUUA